GCCACGCCCUCAGUCAUUACACACCAAGAUGGCGACGUGUAGGAAGAUGGUACUCGGCAGGAGAAGCCUCUACGCUCUUUCUAUUUGUAUUACUCUACAACUGUUCACUCAAUGUUCUCUAUCGGCCCCCACAUACAAUUCCUAUGGCGCUGUCCUUCCUGUGUCAAAUGAUACCCACGAAGAACCGACAGCUGCCGGGGAUGGAAAGAAACCAGAACCCGACGCAGGACAGACGACAGCCAACGCCGGCCCCGUGCUCACGGCAACAGCCUUGUCUGCUCAGACUGGUUCCUCUACGCUGGAUGACCAUCAUCUGACCGCGCCCCUCAAACCAAUCCCAGCCAAUCCUGUCACAGUCCAGUCCCCUGAGACACGCGCAGUGGUACUGGAUGAGUCAGAUGGCUCCAAAUCAGAGAACAAAAAGGAGGAAGUGCUGAAGACACCACCGGAGCUUUCCACAACCCUCCCUACUGCGGACACCGAGACUGGCCGAGACACGAGUGCUCCAGAGGCUCCUCCCACCACCCCCGCGCCUAACCCCCCCACCACCAACACCACCACCACCACUACCCCCACCCCCACCACUACCACCACCACCACCCCCACCACCACCACUGCCACUGCUCCAAAAAUCACCGAGCCCACCACCAAAGAGCAGCCCCCAGCCCCUGCCACAGAGUCCCAGCCCUCCACUACUGACGGCCCCUCCCCCACAGAGCAGAACACGGCCCCCCAGAUGUUCCCGACCCUCGGGGACCCGGCAGAACCAGACUCCUCCGACACCACGGAAGAAUACGACGACGACGAGGGGAAUGUCUAUGGGAACCACCUCCCUAGUGAAAGCAGGUACCCGCUGCCUGACCAUGACACAGAUAGAACCAACGACCAGGGCAAGGAGCCCGAGGGGAACCAUGACCGGGCACCGGGGCAGGGCUACAUGGCCACGGAGGACCAGGACUCCCACUUCUUCUUCCACCUGGUGAUCCUGGCCUUCCUGGUUGCCAUCGUCUACAUAACCUACCACAACAAGAGAAAGAUCCUACUUUUGGCCCAGAGUCGCCGCUGGAGGGACAGCUUGUGCUCCCGCAACACGGUGGAGUACCACCGGCUGGACCAGAACGUCAACGAGGCCAUGCCCUCCCUCAAGAUGACACAGGACUACAUCUUUUGAUCCAGUGCUUUAAGUCGACGAGCCACAGCUACAGACUGAACAAAGCCGGUUAGCUUUCACUAGGUGGCUCACAUUGCUUUAGGCUUUUGUGUGUUGUGUGUGUGUGUGUGUGUGUGUGUGUGUGUGUGUGUGUGUGUGUGUGUGUGUGUGUGUGUGUGUGUGUGUGUGUGUGUGUGUGUGUGUGUGUGUGUGUGUGUGCACUUUCUCUCUAUGCUUUGGAGAGGGUCUCUAGGAGCUAGGGAGCCCUACAGGAUGGGGGUGGAGACGUGUUGUAAGAUGUAAACAACAAUGGAUUACAAUCAUCUGCACAGAGCAGGAUCUUUUUCCUUUUCUUUUGUAAGUCCUUAAUGCCUUGGUUUCUCGGUUGGUUUUUGAGGGGUCAUUUUUUUUCCAAAUGAAUGACUUAUAGUUGAAUAAGUCAUUCAAUAUAUUAAACGUUUUUCAUCUCUGUUAAUGAGGACGAGCCUUAAACUUUUC